AUGGAGGACAUGACUGGUCCCCCUUGGGGCACACUGGCUGUUGAACAAUACUUCAUUACAAACUGGAAUUACUCCUCGACCGAAACCCCCGAUCAGCAGCGAACAAGACUAGUAGCUGAGUUUCUCGACCUGAACCUUAUUCCGAUUGAAUGGGUAGAAGAUUGGGAAAGUCUUCCAGAUCCGCCUCGUGCGCCUACGUCGGAGGAAAUCGAUACUAUUCUUCGACCUUACCGUGUUGAUGCCCUUCGAUGGCGCGCAGGUAAUAUGUUCCACGACCACACAUCCCCUGUUUUACUGCGAACAUACUACAGCACCGAAGAAGGCGAGCGAGCUGAACACGACGAAUUGAUGAAUACUUGGGUCGACAUGGACCCAUUUGAAGCAGAAUCCUGGUGGGCUGUCCUUGAUAACGCGGAUCACUUUAACUUUGGGUCGGACUGGCGGCGUAUAUAUGAAGUUCUUCCCGAAGUCGCUGGUCCACUUUCUCCUGAGACUGAAGAUAAAUGGAUACCGCGAUUCCGUGACCCGGAGUAUUUUGAUAGUAUACGUCAUGAUUUCAAAACCCAACUUGCCGAAGCGAAAGAACGAAACCCCAAGGAAUGGCGCGAGGGCCGAGAUGCAAUUAUUGAGAGCCUUGCGAUGAGAUUACACAAACUUUCCACGAGGACGUACCUAAUCCUUGCAGACCAGGAAGCUUUCCAGUCUGGAAGUCUGCGGCUGCUUUAUUUGGAUGGCUUUCGAAACGUUGUUCGCGAGGGCCGUCUGGAUCCCGAGAUUGACGAUCUAUUUGGUGUUACAAGUAAAUGGAUGGACAGCGAAUUACUCGAAAACUCUGUUGUGGGGGACAAAUAUCGAGUCAGCGGGGAGUUGGGGAAGGAACUCUAUCAAUUGACGGAAGAAGAUCUUGCAGACCCUAAUUAG